UACAUACAACAUACAACAACGCAAAUGUGCAAGUGUUCUUUUUAUAACCUAUAUAUUUGUAAAUAAUUUUAAAGCACAUGUGACCAUUAAGAAAUUAAAAAAUAACAAUUUAUAAACAAAAAACGUUGACAAAAUGUCAAAACUAUUUGUUCUAUUCGAACAUGCAGCAGGCUAUGCUAUAUUUCGCGUCACCGAAUUUGAAGAAGUUAGCAUCUUGUUACCACAAUUGGAACAAUCUGUAAAUGACUUAAGUCGAUUUAAUUCACUUGUGAAAUUAGUUGGAUUUUCACCAUUUAAAACAGCAAUUUCUGCAUUAGAAAAUAUCAAUGCUAUUUCAGAAGGUAUUGUCCCAGAUGAUUUACAAACUUUUUUGGAUUUAACGGUACCUAAGUCAAGUAAGAAAGAAAAAAUCACAUUGGGUGUGGUGGAUCCAAAAUUGGGUGCUAGCAUUACUGAAGCACUUGGCAUUACUUGUACCCAUGUUGGUGUUGUCCCAGAAGUGAUACGUGGUGUACGAUUUCAUUUUCAUCAUUUGGUGAAAGGAUUCAGUUUAAAAAGUUCUGGUGUUGCUCAACUUGGUCUGGGACAUUCUUAUUCUCGUGCAAAAGUUAAGUUCAACGUCAAUCGGGUUGAUAAUAUGAUUAUCCAAUCAAUUGCAUUGUUGGAUCAACUUGAUAAGGACGUGAACACUUUCUCAAUGCGGAUAAGAGAAUGGUAUUCUUAUCAUUUCCCAGAACUCGUAAAAAUUGUUCCUGAAAAUUAUAUGUUUGCAAAAGUAGCUAAAUUUAUAAAAAAUCGUAAAGAUUUAACCGACGAAUCAUUGGAAGGUUUAGAAGAGAUUGUUAUGGAUAGUGCCAAAGCUCAAGCCAUAUUGGAUGCUUCCCGAUCCAGUAUGGGUAUGGAUAUAAGUGUUGUAGACUUAAUCAACAUUGAAAUGUUUGCCUCACGUGUAAUUGCAUUAGCUGAUUAUCGUAAACAGUUAGCUGAAUAUUUACGUACAAAAAUGCAAGCGGUUGCACCAAAUUUAGCAACAUUAAUUGGCGAUCAAGUUGGUGCUCGUUUAAUAUCACAUGCUGGUUCAUUAACAAAUUUAGCUAAGUAUCCAGCGUCGACUGUACAGAUCUUAGGUGCUGAAAAGGCAUUGUUUCGAGCUUUAAAAACACGCGGCAACACUCCCAAGUAUGGUUUGUUGUUCCAUUCAACGUUUAUCGGACGUGCUGGUACUAAAAACAAAGGACGUAUUUCACGUUAUUUAGCAAAUAAAUGUUCAAUUGCUUCGCGUAUAGAUUGCUUUGCUGAAAUUCCAACAAAUAUAUUUGGUGAAAAAUUACGACAACAAGUUGAAGAUCGUUUGAAAUUUUAUGAAACUGGUGACAUACCUAAAAAGAAUAUUGAUGUUAUGAAAGAAGCAUUAGAAGAAGCUUCAACGGCGAUUCAGAAUGAAAUAGCAUCAUCACCAGAUAAAAAGAAGAAGAAAAAGAACAAAAAACGUAAAGCUGAAGUCUUAGAUGAAUCAAUUGAACAAAAUGGUGAUGAUACACUUAAUGGUGAUCAAAAUGGUGUAACUGAAGAAAAUGGUGUAACAGAGGAACCUCCGAAAAAGAAAAAGAAGAAAAAUAAAAAACAGAAACAUGAAGAUUAAUAAUUUUUGUUCUUUUUGUUAACU